AUGUCCGCAAACCCUCUACGAUGGCUGCGGCGCGACGAGCCGUCGGUCGACUGGGCGCUCGUGCACCAGCUCGUCAACACGGGCGUGGAGCCAGACAUGGCCAUCUCGAUCAUUGAGCGCGCGCAGAACGACGUCGGGCUGCUCGCCGAGCUCAUCGCGCACGAGCGGCACAGCGUUGCACCGGCGCCCGCGGAGGAGGCCAGCAAGCCCAAGGACACCGGGCUGAGGGCCAAGGCCGCCGCCGUGCUCCGUCCCCGCGCGUGGUCUGGCGCCAGCGCCACCUCGCGGCCCAGCCUGGAAUCCGAGUCGACGACAGCACCGAGCCCCGUGCCCGUUAUCCGCGUGGACGACUGCCGUAUCUGCACCGAGGAGGAGUUGUCCGAGCGCGCCGAAGGGCUGAGAGCCCAGUAG